AAUAGAAGGGUCUGGUUAGUCUUCUUCAAAGCUUAUUGGCUGAUAUCCAUUGAAAGGCGGGGCUUAUCAGAAGAAGCCGCUAGCCGUGAAGGAGGCGAAACCUUGCGCAGCAGGAGGCGAUACUGUGACAUCACAGUUCAAGGCGUCCAAUGACAGCGCUCGGAUUAUGGCUGUGGGUGGGGCGGCGCGAUGAGACGGAGAGACAGCCAUGAUGCAGCGGGUGGGGGCGGGCCUGCAGGUGAGGCCGGCGUGGCGUCCCCGCUGCCCGUCUUCCUGUUCCCCUCAGAGCUGCUGUUCUACUCGGACCAGAGGAGCUCCCACCGCAGGGUCUUGACCCUCUACAACCCCUACUCCUUCAGGAUCAGCUUCAAGAUGUGGUGCACGGCUCCCUCUCUCUACAGGGUGGUGGAGGCUGAAGGCAGCGUGGCGGCAAAGUCCUGUGUCGACCUGGUGGUCCGACACCUGGAUGUCUCCCCUCAGAACUGGGGCCGCAGGGACCGCUUCCGCAUGGAGGUGAGAGGAGGAGGUCAGCUGGGAGGACGGGAGAUCUGGGCUGAGCUGAGAGGAGGAGGGGAAGAAGAGGAGGAGAAGAGGAGCGGAAGAUCAGGAGGAGAGAGGCCGAGGAAGCUGACUCCUCUGCUGGUACCGACGCAGACACACCUGCAGCUGCCCACCUGUACAGCUGUGCACAGUGUGUCUCAGUGGGUGGUGUGUGUGCUGCUGGCUGUUCUGUGUGUCACAGUGUUGAUGCUCCCCCUGAACAGCGACAGCAGCUCCGUGGUUCCACGAUGUCUCCACGUGUCCACCAAUCAGAAGCUGGUCUGCGCCUACACACUGGGUCUUCUCACCAUGGUGUUUCUACGCUGACAUCAGUCACCAUGGCAACCAUGGAGCCAGGCUCGACCUCCAAAGUGGUGCGACGGCUGGACGACGUCAGAGGCUUCACCUGUGAUGAAGUCACCUGAUGAGCCAUAAAAACUUUGUUAGCCCUGGACCCAGACCAUCAGUUUGUUUGGGACUUUAUCUGGACCAGUCCGGGGACUCCUGACUGGAGUAAAGACUCCAUGAUUAUUGUGUGUGAAAAACUUUCAGGAAACCCUCCCACAGCGUGAGAAGACUUGACCAGUCUGAGAAAAAUAAAGCUAACUGGAAAGAUG